AUGGUCACUGAAUUUACGCCAAGCUCUAACCGUCGCAAGGUCGACAUCCAUGCCCACGUUUUGCCAAGGGACAUCCCGAAUUUUGAAAAGAAAUUCGGUUAUGGUGGCUUCGUGCAUUUGGAUCAUAGGGAUGACGGAACGACACACAUGAUCAAGGAUGGGAAGCUUUUCAGAGUCGUCGAGCCAAACUGUUUCGAUACUGAGCGUCGAAUUCGGGAUAUGGACAAAGCCCACGUGAAUGUUCAGUGCAUCAGUACUGUCCCUGUUAUGUUUUCGUACUGGGCCAAGCCAGCUGAUGCCGAAAUCGUAGCGCGCUUCAUAAAUGAUGAUCUCGUUGCCGAAUGCGCAAAAUAUCCAGAUCGGCUUGUUCCGCUUGGCACGUUGCCUAUGAAUGACAUCCCGCGGGCCAUUCAGGUUUGGUCUUUGAUUUCU